UAUAAUAAUGUACCUUCUAUUUGACCAAGAAAAAGUGAUAAAAUGAAUACUUAUGUAAUCAAUGGUCAGGUGUUAGCUUCCCACAGAUCGCUUUGUUAUCACAGAAACAAACUGCACAUGUUUUCCUACACUUAGGGUUUCUGCAUUUCGUAAGUACUUCUUGUUUAGUGUAUAGCAGCAUUUUCCACCAUGUAUUUAGAAAGCUACAUUAAAACUAGUCUAAUAAAAGUUGCACUAAUAUUAGUGCUUUUCAGUACAUCUUCAUUUGGGAUGUUCUUUCACUUGGGGGAGCGAGAAGAAAAAUGCAUCAUUGAAGAUAUUCCAGAUGAUACUCUAGUAUCAGGCUAUUUUCAUGUGGAGCAAUUGGAUGCCAAUAAACAGAACUUUCACUCCUCCAAAUCAACAUUGGGCAUGGUUUUAACAGUUCGAGAUCCAAACCAUGAUAUUGUCAUCAGCAAGUUACAUGGGUUUCAAGGUAAAUUCACCUUUACUUCUCAUUCUUCAGGCAGUUAUUACAUUUGCUUGAAAUCCAACUCUACUAGGUUAACAGUUUUUGCUGGGAAUGAAAUGAGAGUUCAUCUUGAUAUUCAAAUUGGCAAGUAUGAAAUUGGAGAAUCUGUCCCUGGAACGAAAGAUGCAAUGCAUAAUGCAAGGGAUGAUAUGCAGCACAUUCUUGAGCAGCUUCAACAAAUCAACAAGCAGCAGAAUUACCAGAGGGAACGGGAAGAAACCUUUCGACAAAUAAGCGAGAGCACCAACAGCAAUAUUUUGUGGUGGGCAGCUGUUCAGACCACUAUACUUCUCAUAGUUGGAAUCUGGCAAACAAAGCAACUGAAAGACUUUCUUAUUGAAAAAAAGCUUGUGUAAGUGUAAAAGUUCGGGUACAAUACUUUAAUGAAAACAUACUACAA